AUGUCGGUGGUAUCAGAUAGCUCGGGACGACGAGCCUCAUCUCACCGUAAUUUCCGAAUAGCCCGAACGCUAUCACGUGGAUGUACAGUCUCAACUGAUGUUGCUACCUCGUUUAUUCCUCAUUUUUCGGCAGCUGCAAGUGAGGGUGUAAAACUAACUGCUGACGAUGACAACUGGGCAGAAAAUACUACAGUUAUGACAGGUAAUACAAGUGAACAUUCAUAUAGCGGUCUCACUGAAAAAGCGCUUAUGGCCCCAGUUGAACGUAUUGUUGCUAGAAGAUGUUCUCGUAUAUUUUGGCUCCUUAGUGCCUCUCUAAUUUCAUUUGUGGCUAUUAUAUCAUCACCUUUAAUGGUUGUUUCACCGGUAAUCCUUCAUUGCCUUGGAUUUGAUUGGCCUGAGGUAGUAUGUGGUGCUGACUGCCAGGGGCUAAUGUUAAAUAUGGUGACCAAAACGUUGCUGCUGAUAGGUGCACUUUGGGCGAUGUAUUUUCGACAUGCUUCAGCGGAUAUGCCGCGUUUAUUUUUCCUUCGUUCUGCAUUAGCAUGCUUGGCAUUAUUUAUCCUCUUUGCAUUCUGGUUGUUUUAUUCUGUUCGUAUAUUAUUCGAAAAGGAAAAAAGCUAUAAUGUGACUGUUAACUUUGCGCUUUCACUGCUGGAUGCUAUGCUUUAUUUACAUUACAUUACUGUCAUCGUUUUGGAACUGCGAGCUCUGAGGCCAGAAUUCAUUGUUAGCGUUGUAAGAGAUCCAGAUGGAGAAAGUCGAACAUUCAGUCUUGGUUUAAUGAGCAUUCAGGAAGCUGCGGUUCAUGUUCUCAGAACGUACUAUGCAACCUUCCCAUCUUACAAUCCCUAUAUGGAGAAAGCAUUAGCGGGAGGUUCACUGCAUUUUCGAUCUGGCGAGUUACUCUUAAGCAGAAGUUUAGGUUCAUCACAAUCGACGGGAGGUUUUAAAAUGUAUGAUAUCGAAGGCUUGGGUAGUGAAUGCACGGUAACAGAAGCUAGUGCUCGUGCAAUCAUGGAAGCUGCUGCAAAGAGACGAAUUGGUGGUCAUAACGAGCGCUAUCAUGAAAUGAUAGAUUGGGAACGCCGAGUUCAAAAACGGAAAUAUCGUUUGAUCAGCACUACAGAAGAGGCGUUUUCAAGUGUUCAGAGCGUUACUGCUAGCAAUCAAAAUAAAGUCUUGGGAGAGCCAAUGGAAGCACUCGGGGCAGCACAGGCAGUGUUUUCUGCUAUUGCGCGACCUUUGAAUAAAUAUUUGAAACUUACUCGCCAACAACCCCGUCAUACGGCAGAUCAAGUUGUUGCUCAUCUUGCUCGUUGUCUUUCUCUUCGUUUUACAGCUGCAACAUUCUUACAACGAUUCUUCUCUCAAAAAUUUCCUUUCCCGGAUCGUGUAAGAGAGGCUAAGUGGUCUAUUGUAUGCAACGUUCAAGCAUCAGCCGGUAUCAAGCAUGGCACUGUGUUUGUCUUACGCUGUCAUGAACGUGAUGAUGACGCUGGAGUGCAAUUGUUAUGUUCAUUUCAUACUUUUCCUUUCUUCAAUCUCACUGAACAGCAAUCAUUAACAUCGAAGUUUGCUUUAAAAAUUACUCCAGAAUCAAAUGUUUGA